CGUAGUCAGUCAGCGCUGGACCGCCGCCCGCUCGAUUUCGCGAUCCACGAACGACGGUAGCCUCCACCUCCUCCACCACCUCCUCCUCCUCCUCCUCCUUCUUCUUCUUCUUCUUCUUCGUUUCUCUCUCUCUCUCUCUCUCUUUCUCUCUCUCGUUCUCGCUUACUACCCCCUUCCUUUCAAGCAUUCACUCUCUCAUUCUCUUUCUCUCUUUCUCUUUUUAACUCACUUAUUUUUCUUCUAAUUUUCUCUCUUUCUCUAUUCUAUCGUUUCAUCUUAAUCUUUCUAUAUUUCUUUCUUUCUAUCUUUCUUUCUUUUGCCUCCAUCUUCGCGUUGUUUGACUUCACGAACGUCGCGCGCGAGUUUCACGAACGGAGUCUCUCGGGAUUGAUUCCGAAAAUCGCGAGACAGAAAUCCUAUCUUCUUAUUGUUCUUCUUCUUUUUAUUCCUAAUCUUUUUUUAUCAUUUGUUUAUCGUGAAUUUAUUAUCCUCGCGAAGAUGUUAUAACGCGAAACAAAAGAAGGUUUCGUACUCUAACCUUCUUUUUUUUUAGUUUUAUAUGUUGCUAUAUUCACUUCCUUUCUUCAUAGGUGCUCGUUCGACCAAUGAUAUCGAUGGAGACGACCACGAAAUAGUUUGAUUAAAGUGCGGGUUUACGCGGAGCGCGGCGAUCGGUCUCUGACAUCUCAGAUUUCUGACUUUUUCUUCUUUCGCGCCUACGAAUUCGAAGAUGGCCGAAGAAAUACGAGACUGGUAUCACUGCGUUUUAUUCCACUUUUUAAACUUUCUUUUGCAUUCUGCAAUUAUUAUUAAUAUUACGAAUAAUCGACGAUGAUUCUCGUUUAGAUCAGAAGUGUGAAAUAUCGAUAAAAUUAGUAUAUGAAUAGUAUCAAUUGCUAUAUUAAAAACAGCAGAAUAAUACAGAAAUUCUAUACAUAAAUCUGUACAAUUGAUAUCGGACUAUGGUGUAUUGGUAAGAAGAAAAAAAAAAAAAAGAAGACAAAGAAGAAAAAAAAAGCGAGUGGAAAAGUGCAUGAGUGUUUUUUCGGUAGUUCCGAUAAAAAGAAAAGAAAAUAAAUUGUAUGGUGCGUAUACAAUAGCCAACGAUGAGAAACAAGUGCCGUAUAAGGAAGAUGAUGACGACGAUGAUUAGGAGGAAGAUGAUAAAAAAUUCGACAAUUAAAUCGACGACAAAAAUAGAAUCUCCGUCGAUAACGAUGAGGUAGUGGUCGUCGGACACGUGUUGUGUGCUUGGGUGAACUGUAGUGUGCGCGGGAAAUAGAGAGAGAGAGAGAAACAGAGAGAGAGGGAGAGAGAGAGAGAGAGAGAGAGAGAGAGAGAGAGAGAGAAAGAAAGAGAAAGAGAGAUAGAAAGAAAGAAAGAAAGAUAAAGAGGGAGACUGUCGGCAUUUGUUUCCCGCGUUUCUUCCUUUGUCAACAUUUUUCUAAGUGUACAGGCGUCGCAUUCUGUUUUCGAGACCAAUUCAUCGAAGCUAAGAAGAGAGAAGAACUGGAGUCCACAGGGAUAAUUGAACAACCCCGAAGGACGCAGAUGCCCCGAAGGAAACAGCACGCUCCGCAACGAAUGAAAUGGGAGGACGGCGUCGAAGGCUCAGGGCCCGGCACGGACCUCCAGGGCGAAGAGGGCGAUUGCGUCGACGAGGAUGGCCCCGUCAGCCCUAGUGAAAGAGGUUGUGCACCUGCAGCCAAAGAAGAUGACGAUGGCGAGGCCAGCGACGAGGAAGAUGACGAGGAAGCAUCACCAGCCACGCCACCAUCAACUUCCGUUUCCGCGAGAUUGAAUCCUACUAUUUUGAGGGAUACUGGACCACCUGAUAGGGAACAAAUGAGUCCACGCUGUCCCUCGAGAGAUUCUCGGGAAUCCUCCGGUCCAGCGACCGGAAGUCCCCCACCUUUAGCAACGAGGAGCAGCGCGAGUCCAGUUAGUCCGAGUAGUAUCGUGCCUCUACCCCUUGGGACUCAUCCUCUUCUGCCACCGCAUUCGGCGGCAAUGAUGGCGGCGUAUCUUCAGCAAACACAUCAACGGCUCCUCCUCGGACAUUCGCCUUUGUCGCGAGGCUCUGUAUCGCCAUUGGUAUCGUCCUCUUGUUCGCCACCAGCAGCGACGCCGGGUCUCAUGGUCUCGCCGAGCAGCAUCGGGGAGGUUUCACCCUCGGCAACCCCAUUGCCAGCCGUUCUAGACUUCAGCACGAGAAAAGCUUCCUCGACGGAGGAAGAGGAGGAAGAACAUAUUCUGAACCUGAGCAAGCCGCCAACGCCAUCCUCUUCGACAGAAACUAACAACGGUCCGUUGGAUUUGUCGGUGCCUAGUAGAAAACGACCAGGCCCUGAAGAUUCCUCCCCUCCACCUCCCCGUAAAUCCUCGAGAUUGGCCAGUGCGGCCUCGACUGGUCAUCAAGACGUAACGGCAACCAGCUCCCCGUCCACGUUUGGUAGGCCACCGGUAGUUUCACCGUGGACAUCGCCGGUCGUGGCCUCGCACUUUCCAUACUUUGCUGCAGCUGUGGCAGCAGCGGCUACUAGUCAGCAACAAUUGUCUCCGAAAAGUACUGGCGGUGUUGUUGAUCACCAUCAACUUUGGAACGGAAAAAUGAAGCCUCCGGCAGCCCUCGAAAAGUCCUAUCAACCCAGCGAAGCGACCAAGGCUUUGGAAAAAAUGAGCGAGUUGAGCAAAUUAGGUGGCGAAGAUCUUUUCAGGCCGUCUUCGUGCAGCGGCAGUAGCGGGGGCACUUCCGUAGGCAGCACGCCGUCCACAACGUCGAGUAGUCGUCACAGUGCUUGGCAAUCUCAUUGGCUGAACAAAGGAGCGGAUCAAGCCAAAGAUGUUCUUAAAUGCGUAUGGUGCAAACAAAGCUUCCCAACGCUCGCCGCUAUGACGACACACAUGAAGGAAGCGAAGCAUUGCGGCGUUAAUAUGCCCGUACCACCGGCAGCUGCAGCCUUGCAUCCCCAACAAACGACGAUGCCGACGAUACCGCCGCCGCAACAAUCGCACCAGCCGCAAACUUCGACCAGCAACGCCGCCGGUAGCAACAACUCCGCUGCCCCAACUAACAAGCAAAGUCCAUCCGAGUUGAACCUUCUCAUUAAGGAAACUAUGCCGUUGCCUAGAAAGCUGGUCAGAGGUCAAGACGUUUGGCUUGGGAAAGGUGCCGAACAAACCAGGCAAAUCCUCAAAUGUAUGUGGUGCGGUCAGAGCUUCCGUUCCCUCGCAGAAAUGACCUCGCACAUGCAACAAACGCAACAUUAUACCAACAUCAUUUCGCAAGAGCAAAUUAUUUCUUGGAAAUCUUCCGACGAGAGCAAAGGCGGGGGAGGUGGCAGCGGUAGUAGCGGAGGUGGAGUUGGAAGCGGAGGAAAUACGGGUGGAGUACCGCCUGGUGCCGGAACCGGUGGCGGUGGCGGUCCCCACGGAGGUAACACCGGUGGUGGUCCCGGUGCUGGAGCUGCCAGCAGUCAUGUCAGCGCCGUAUUAACUUGCAAAGUAUGCGAUCAGGCCUUUAGUUCUUUGAAAGAAUUGAGUAAUCAUAUGGUCAAGAACUCUCAUUACAAAGAGCACAUUAUGCGUUCGAUUACCGAGAGCGGUGGUCGUCGGAGACAAACGCGCGAGAAGAGAAAAAAAUCAUUGCCGGUGAGAAAGUUAUUGGAAUUGGAACGGGCGCAAAACGAGUUUAAAAAUGGCGACGCUGGGACCGGCCUAAGCCACAGUCUUGGAAAACACGCAGGUAGAAUUACCUGUGAGAAAUGCGGCGAGAAAAUCGAGACUACCAUCUUCGUUGAGCACAUACGUCAGUGCAUAGGAGCCGGAACGGUCGGUGUUAACAACCGAAAUUUCUUAAAAACUGCACUCAUGUCGUCUAAUCACUUGCCAGCAACUUUGCCACCGAGCGAAAGUGGCCGUAAAAGCGUGAACGAGGAUGCUUCUUCGGUAUCGUCGAGGCACCACCGAUCACCUUCCUCGGCUAGCGACGCUACCACCCCAGGUAAGGACACUCCGACGCCAACCGCGAACGAAACCACCGGCGGCACGUCCUCGCCCUCCGUUUUAAACGCCAUCGAAAAGUUGAUCGAAAAGAGUUUCGAUUCUCGAGUGAGACAUGGAACGGCAGGGUUGCAUCACGCUCAGCCAGGUGCACCCAUGGGAACUAGCAUUCUUAAAAGAUUAGGAAUAGACGAAAGCGUGGAUUACACGAAGCCCUUGGUUGAUCCGCAAACGAUGAAUCUUCUUCGAUCUUAUCAGCAGCAACAACAACAGCAUUACAAUGCGAGCGCUGCUGCGAGGAGAGAACGGAGCGGAAGCGAAUCCAGUUCCAUUUCGGAGAGAGGAAGCGGUCGGACGGAUACGAUGACACCGGAAAGACGUAUGGAUCUUUCCACGGUUGGCCACGAGAGGCAUUCCAGCGCUCAUUCUCAUCACCAUCGCGUCACUCCGGAUAAACAAGCUCCGACGCCAUUAUCAGCGCGUCAUCAUUUGACCGCGGAAGAAUCCGGAGACGAGGAGUCUACCUCGGUGGUGGUUAAGAAGGAACCGAGGGACGAAGAAACGGACGAAAGAGGAACGAACGAGGAAGAACAACAAGCGCAAUCGUCGAGAGAGGUGUUCGUUAAGAAAGAAGUGGUUGACGAUUGUCGAGAGGAGGAGGAACAACAAGCCUCGUAUAAUCACCGACGAAGCAGCCUUCACGAGACUGCAGAAGAAGGUAGAGAAGUUCAGUCGCCCCGAAUGAAUCCACCUACUCCGAGAUCGACGAGCCAAGUCGAACAAGUGGCUCGCAGUCCUUGCAGAAACAGCACGAGCAGUCCUACCAGCAGUGAUAGAUCGGUCACCCCGAGAGGAACACCAGAUACGAAAGCAUCCAGUAGCCUCGGUGCCCUCUCUUCUAUGUUCGAUAGCCUAUCCGGUGGAGGUGGAGGAGGCACCGGUAACACGGUGGAUUCGCAAGGACGAAAAACGAGCAGUCAUCCGCUGGCAGCUUUACAAAAACUCUGUGACAAAACCGAAACGCGGGGCCCCAGUGGAAGCGGCGCGUCCAGGUCCACUUCUGGUUCCGGUAGUUCGAUCGCUCCUGGAAGCGGUAGUGCGGUAGGCUCUGGCGGACCAGGCGCCGGACCAACUCCUGGAGCCAUUUUAGCCUUCAGUUGGGCCUGUAACGACGCCGUAGUCACGGCAGACUCGAUCAUGAAGUGCGCCUUCUGCGACACACCGUUCAUUUCCAAAGGAGCAUACAGGCAUCAUCUCUCGAAGAUGCACUUCGUGAAAGAUGGCGUCAUCCCAGAUCCAUUGACGAUCGGAAGAUCGGCAGCUGCGGCGGCGGCGGCCGCAGCCGCAGCGGCCUCGCAGGCGACUUCCGGUGGUGGCCCCAGUGGUCACAGCUCUUCGUCUCCACCCACGUCGUCCCAACGCAACAAGUCGCCGCCUCUUCCGCAAGCGAACGGCAGCCCAUCCCAGUCAGCGGCAUCUCCGCUCGAGGAGAGCCCACACUCUAAGUUUCUCAAGUAUACGGAGCUGGCCAAACAGUUGUCCAGCAAGUACGUAUAGUCCGAGCUCCGUAAGUAGCGGUGCCACUUGUACAUAAGUGUAUCUAUACUGUAACGACUGUAAAACUAGCGAUGUGGUUGGAAUUUUCGCCGCGCGGACGCCCUGCGCCAAUGGCAUCUUAUUUUAUUUUCAAUUUUAUGUUCAAAGAGCAUCGAACGCGGCGGCGACCUAUCACGGUAGCUCGUUUUUAAUCGACGCGUAAGAUUUCGACAAUUUUGCAUAUUCAUUGCAAUCACUCGAUGAUAUUACAUAAAUUAUGUAAAAGCUUCUUCCUUCGUGGUAUCAUUCAAAAUAGCUUUUCAAAGUUCAAAGAUCGAUAGAUUAUCGGCUAAAGAUUUGUGAAGAAAAAAGAGAGAAGAACACUGAGAAAUGUUCAGCGUCGUGUCCGAAUCACGAAUAAUUCGUAAUCGUACGCGAAUCCGUUGAUCUACCAAUAUGGUGCUUUUUUAUCAUAGAAAUGAAAAUUCAAACGAUGUCAUUUCGACGACACAAGAACGGGGCAGGCUUCGUUCGUACGUCGUUCGAGGAAAGUUAAAACAAGGCGACGUGGAUACCUUUUAUAAUUAAUCGGCGAUCAUUUUUGGGCCAUCAUCGAGGACAAAAAUCUUGUCAUUCCUAGGGGGUGGGUUAUCGGCACGAUUCGUUGGAUCGUGCACGGCGCCGCCGCCCUUCAUCGAGAAAAUCUCCGCACGGAAUGUGGUGGAGUGUUUCGAGUUCCGUUUUCGUGAUACAAAGAAGCCAGCCCUUCCACGUUUCAAAACGCAUUACUUCUUCUCCAUUGCGUUUAUAAUAAAUUAUCUUUCAAAUAUAAAAAAAUAACUAAAAAAGAAACACGCGAGAAAUUUCAGUGGUACGCAUUCGUAAAGAUAACUGCAACGACAACUGCAACGACAACGACGAUGACCUACGUUAUUUCUAAUACAUAAAAUUACGUAUUUUCAAUUCAACUUAUAACUAGCAAUAUCAUUUCAACAUUUAAUUCUAAUGUCCAAAUGAUAACACAGUGAUACCACUAAGAUGUUCUGGCGUACGUUUAAAAAAACAGAAUCCUCUCGUAAUUUUCUGAAUUUUGUUUUUUCAAAUUUCACUUAUCCUUACGAAAACAUUUUUUCUGAAGAAAGGAAACUUAGAAGAAAAAAAAAUGAAACUAAUAAGAGAAACUCGACACUGUAUCCGUUCCUGUCAAUUACUGUUAUUUUUUUGUUACUUAGAGAAUGUUAGAGGGUGUGACGAUGAAGUGGGUGUUGAACGAGCGUUAAUUAAAUUGUGAUGCCACCAUAUCUCGCGGCACUGCUGAGUCACGAGGCUCGGCACGCGGCCAAGUUUGUGAUUUUAUAAAUACUUAAGGACAUUUACGACGAGAGAUGAGAAAGGGAGAGAGAGAGAGAGAGAGAAAGAGAGAGUGAGAAAGAAUAAGAGUAAGAGAAAUUAAGAACGAAAGAGAGAGAGAAAGAGAGAAAGAAACUGAUGGAACAGCUUACCUAUCACCUGUCGUAAGGUCGUCAGCAUGUAUACCUCUAGAAUAUAAGAACCGUAGUUUAUUAGCGUUUAGGAUAGGUUUAGGGUUCGCCCCUGUAUAGGAAUUUCUUUGUUGAUACUUACUGUCACGAAAAAAAAGAAAAAAAAUUUGGAGAACCGAUAAGACCGCUCGGGGGAUGGAAAAUGAAUAAAAUAAAAAGUCCUCUUCGAAGGUCUAUGACUGCUAAUCGAUCGGAAGUAUAUGAAUCGAACAAGUAGUUCGAAAGAAAGAUAGAGAGAAAGAGAGAGAGAGAGAGAGAGAGAGAGAGAGAGCGAAAGAAAUCGUGAGAUAGUUGAAUGCAUGUGAAUAAACGAAAGUAUGCGAGAGAAUUCCGAGAAAAUGUUGUGCGUUGGAAAAGAAAAUGAAAAUAUGUGUAAGUAAUAACGGGGCUCUUGAUUAAUUAAAAUGACGAAAAUUUAAUCGAGCCGACGAAUGUGCGAUUGUUUUGUUUAAAAAAAAAAAUGAUAAAGAAAGAAAAAAAGUGUAAAGGGGUUGAAGAAAGAGGACCCAUGUUUCUCGGCGCUUAGGAUGGCGUGUAGAGAGAGAGAGAGAGAGAGAGAGAGUGAGA